GGCGCGUGCUGUCAAUCCCUGAGGCUCUGGCCACCCUCAUUUACAAGAAUAAGCGGCAUCGAGAAGAACGGGAAAGAAAAAAAACAAGGGCUGCACAUUUGCCAACAAACCCCCGUCUCCUUUUUCCCACAACCGAACCAAGUCAUGAUCUCCCUCGCGACCGUACACGCGGGACAAAAUGCGCUUUGAAUCCGAGACCCACACGAAUUGCGAAAGGAUGAUAGCCGCCGUGCCAGAUCCCACUAAGAAACCUAAAUAAACGACAACGAACAAAACCAACCAUAACAAAAGGCAGCGAAAAAAAUAAAACACCUCCCCGAGCGAGCAAUGCUCACCCUCACCAACAUCUGCCGCCUCCCGACCAAGCUCCGCCGCCGCGCCCGCCGCCGCCGCAUGGCCACGCUCUGGCUCCUCGCGCUGCUGGCGCUGAUCGUCCUGGUGCCCGUGUACGCCGUGUACAAGCCGCCGACGAUCCUGCUGCGGCACCUGGCGCGGCGGUGGCCCGACGUGCUGUGGCAGGUGGACGGCCUGCCGGCGGACCGGCGCGUCGUGGCGCUGACCAUCGACGACGCGCCGUCGGACCAGACGCCCGAGAUACUGCGGCUGCUGCGGGAGCACGGGGCGCGGGCCACAUUCUUCGUCAUCGGCGGGCAGGUCGAGGAGGACGGUGGGCGGAGGAGAGAGGUGCUGCGGCAGAUUGUGCGCGAGGGCCACGAGCUCGGCAACCACGCCAUGCACGAUGAGGCCGCCCGGUCCCUGAACCCCGCCGAGCUGGAGGAGCAGAUACUGCACGUCCAGGAGCUGCUGCGCGACGCCUACGCCGAGUCCGACCCCGACUCCGCCAACACGCAGCGGUACCAGUACUACCGCCCAGGCUCGGGCUUCUUUACCGACUCGAUGCGCAAGCUAGUCGCCCGCCUGGGCUACCGCCUGGUCCUGGGCAGCAUAUACCCACACGACGCGCAAAUCACAAACUGGCGUCUGAACGCAAGGCACAUCCUCAGCAUGCUGAAGCCCGGGAGGAUAAUCAUUUGUCACGAUCGGCGGAGCUGGACGGUGCCCAUGCUGUCCAAGGUCUUGCCAGAGGCCAAGAGGCGCGGCUACAGGUUCGUCACCGUCACGGAGUUGCUCCUCGAGGCCGAAGAGGUGCUCGGUGAUACGUGAGGAAGCCGACGCCUGCGGAUUAAUUGUACAACUUAAUGAGCUUUUUUUCCUUUCCAUUCGCUUCCUGUAUAUCUAGUUCAGCGAGCAGCAUGACUGUAUAAAUUACUAUUAAUGAUGAUUGAUACCACCUG